ACGAAACCUAUCACGGGAGCAGGGAAAUGGACCUGUGGUCCCUCAGCACACCCUUCCUUCCUCUCCAGGGGAGGAUAAAAGUCUUGCAGAGAAAAGUAAAAGCAGCAGCUGACUUAGCAACGGUUCUGGAAAGAUGCAGCCACUCCUGCUUCUGUUGGUCUUUGUUCUAUUCCAAGGAGAUGAGGCAGGAAAGAUCAUUGGAGGCCGAGAAGCCAGGCCAAAUUCCCACCCCUACAUGGCAUUUCUUCUGAUCCAGAGUCCAGAAGGGCUGAGUGCUUGUGGAGGGUUUCUGGUGCGAGAAGACUUUGUCCUCACAGCAGGUCACUGCUUGGGAAGCUCCAUAAAUGUUACCCUAGGGGCCCACAACAUUCGAAGGCAAGAAGGGACCCAGCAACACAUCACUGUUCUCAGAUCCAUCCGCCAUCCUGAUUACAAUCCCCCGCCAGUCAUCCAGAAUGACAUCAUGCUACUGCAGCUGAGGAGUAGAGCCCGGAGGAGUCGAGCGGUGAAGCCCGUGGCUCUGCCUCAAGGCACCAAGAGAGUACAACCAGGGGCUUUGUGCACAGUGGCUGGCUGGGGCCUGGUGAGCCAGCGCAGGGGGACAAAUGUACUCCAGGAGGUGAAGCUAAGAGUGCAGACGGACCAAACGUGCGCCAAUCGUUUCCAAUUCUACAACAGCCAGACUCAGAUCUGUGUGGGAAACCCGAGAGAAAGGAAGUCUGCCUUCAAGGGUGAUUCUGGUGGUCCUCUGGUAUGUAAUAAUGUGGCCCAGGGCAUCGUCUCCUAUGGAAGCGGCAGUGGUAACCCUCCAGCUGUAUUCACCAGAAUCCAGAGCUUCAUGCCCUGGAUCAAAAGAACAAUGAGACGUCUUUCCUCAAGGUAUUAGGGACUUGCUGACUCCCUGUCUCAGGCGUAGACCAGCUUUAGGGAAUUUCCAUAGCCCUUAUUAAUGUCUCCUGGACAGUGUAAAUUUUCAUUUAUUAAAUAUCAUUUGGCACUGUCUUAA